GUGCUCCCCAGCUCUUCCUGAGUCUGCUGUUGUCUUUCCUCAUGGCAUCGCCCUCCCCUUUCUGCCCUGGCCGCAGAAAUGUGCUCAAUUAGGGUUAACUCAAACUGAAUCAAACUUCAUGCCUGAGGUUGGAAAUCUUCCCAGUCAACUCACCACGGCCACAGAGCAUGGUGGGAGACGAGGCGAGAGGGGAGAUGAACACUUUUCAGAGAAAUGAAUCCAAGGAAAGUUUGUUCACUUUUAUUUCUGCAGGAGAUGAUCCCCCCAAAGGAGAUUUCCCUGUUCAGAAAAAAUCUCCGAAACUCUGUGGCUCCAACUACCCCCUGAGCAUCGCCUUCAUUGUAGUGAACGAGUUCUGCGAGCGCUUCUCCUACUAUGGCAUGAGAGCUGUCCUGACGCUGUAUUUCAUAAGCUUCUUCCACUGGGAUGAGAAUCUCUCCACUGCUGUGUACCAUGCCUUUUCUGCUCUCUGUUAUUUCACACCUGUCAUUGGAGCCAUCAUGGCAGACUCGUGGCUGGGGAAAUACAAGACAAUCAUCUACCUCUCCAUUGUGUAUGUGGUCGGCCAUCUGAUAAAGUCAGUCGGUGCAAUUCCAUCCCUAGGCAACCAGGCAGUUCAUGUGGUCCUGUCUAUGGUUGGUCUGUUUUUGAUCGCCCUUGGAACGGGAGGUAUCAAGCCCUGUGUCUCUGCAUUUGGUGGGGACCAGUUUGAAGAAGAACAUACCUCGGAGAGAAGCAAGUUUUUUUCCGUCUUCUAUUUAUCCAUUAAUGCUGGAAGUUUGAUCUCUACGUUUGUAACACCUGUAUUAAGAGGGGAUGUGAAAUGUUUUGGAGAAGAUUGCUAUGCACUGGCUUUUGGUGUCCCAGCAGCACUGAUGGUGUUGGCGCUUGUUGUGUUCAUAGCUGGAAGUGGUCUGUACAGAAAAACGCCACCACAAGGAAACGUCUUACUUGAAGUGUGCAAAUGCAUUGGAUUUGCUAUUAAAAACAGGCUGAAAAACCGCUCCCAUCAGAUUCCAAAGAGAGAUCACUGGCUCGACUGGGCAUCAGAAAAGUACUCGAAACAACUGAUUGGAGAGGUUAAAAUGGUGACACGUGUUCUCUUUCUCUUCUUACCACUUCCAAUGUUCUGGGCCCUGUUUGAUCAGCAGGGAUCCAGGUGGACUUUGCAAGCCACAAAGAUGAACGCUGACUUUGGAAUAUAUGUCCUUCAGCCUGACCAAAUGCAGUUCUUAAAUCCACUUCUUAUUCUUGUCUUCAUCCCGAUUUUUGACCUUGGGCUCUAUCCUCUGAUAAGCAUGUGCAAAUUUAAUUUCACACCUAUUAGGAAAAUGGCAACAGGUAUGAUCCUUGCAGGGAUGGCAUUCGGACUUGCAGCCAUUGUGGAAGUCAAAAUAAAUGAAACCGAUAUGCCUCAACUUGUCCCAAAAGAAAGUUUAAUUCAGGUCCUGAAUUUGGCAAAGAACCCAGUUCAAGUGACAAUCCAAGACCAGAACCUAUUUCAGCAGCCUGUGGAGGCUUUCCAGAACCCAGACGAGUACUCAUAUUUAAUGUUGAAUGGAGAACAACAGAGCCUUCACUUCAUCCUGCAACAUCAAGGAUCGUCUCUUGCUUUUAACUACACCGUGAAGGAAAAAUCAGUGUACAGUUUAAUUGUUUUUGAGGCAGAAGGAAGCCUAUCAAGUCGCUUAAUUACAGACUUGGAAGCAAAGCCAGAAAAUGGUUUGGCAGCCGUUAGAUUCAUUAAUGGUUUGCGGCAAGAUGUCAACCUCACUAUUGACAGCAAACAGUUCAUGUCUGUUCGGAGAAACUAUGGUGUUUCUGGGUACUUGCUGGUAGAGAGGGACACAUAUGAUAAUGGAAAAUGCAUAACUGAAACUGGGGAAUUCACCCUGGACCUAGGGCUGCUUGACUUUGGUGCAUCGUACACUGUUGUGAUAACUAAUGUUUCUGGAGGUGCUGUUCAGACAUGGAAGUCAGAAGACAUCAAAGCCAACAACGUCCAUAUGGCUUGGCAAUUACCACAGUACUUAUUAAUAUCUGCUGGAGAAGUGAUGUUCUCCAUUACGGGUCUGGCCUUCUCCUACUCUCAGUCUCCAGCCAGCAUGAAGUCAGUGCUGCAAGCAGGUUGGCUGCUCACGGUGGCUGUUGGGAAUACCCUCGUGCUCGUUGUUGCCCAGGCUGCACCUAUGGCUCAGUGGGCUGAAUUUGUCUUGUUCACUGUUCUGCUCUUUGCUGUGUGCAUUAUUUUCUCCAUCAUGGGAUAUUUCUAUGUCAGUGUGGAUCCAGAGGACCUGGAAGAAAAGGAAGAGAAGAGAGAGUCCUCAAGUAGAGGAAACAUGAUUAGUCUCGUUACUCAGAAAACAAAGCUCUAACACACUAUGGGUUGGGAUCUUUCCAUUUUUUCUUUCUUUCUUUUUUUUUUUUUAAAUUUUUAUUUUUUAACUCAGUAGAUGGUAGAGUGAAAGAAGAAUGGGAAUGAUAUUACUCUAUUUUAUAGCACUGCGGUCUUUAUUAGUCAGAAUGUAGCUGCCAUCUAAAUGGGACAAAGUAGCCCUCUAUAAAAACAAUAGCGGUCCUGAAAUCUGAGCAAAAUUCCCUGGGAAAACUCCUGUGGUAUUAAAUGCCCAUAUAAGAAAAGACAGUGGAAUUUAGAACCUGCCCAUUUUUCUAAGCAAGUAGUGCUUUCCUAUGAUUUUAUUUUAAGCAUAUAUUUAGGGCAGCAGAGAGGAAGGGUGGAGGGCAUGCCAGCAAAAGUUGGAGAUGCUUGGAGAAAAGGAUGAAAAUUGAGUAUAGGAUCAGGGAAGAAUAGAUGUUACAGAUGGAAGAUUUUUUUUAAUUUUUUUUUUUUUUACUGCAAUCAUCAAGGACUGGAAGAGUUACAAUCCCCCAAAAUUUCAUCAUGUAACUCUCUUUAUGAGUAUUUCACCCCAUUACUGCAAAUUGUGUUUGGUCCUGAUUUACGACUUUCACCUCCAGGCCCAGAAGUAAUAACAGGGAAUUAAACGCUGCAGGCUAAACUAUUCCCAAAGCACUACUGAACAAGAUAUGCAUUCCACCAUCUCUCUGAUAUACGGUACUUCUUAGAAGUCUGCAGCAACUGAUAGUAUUCUUUGAUUAGAUGUGAUUAGAGAAUUGGUUUACAUUUUCGCGCUUUAGGAAUCGAGGCCGUUAUUUGCAAUCUUCCUAUAUAUAAAGUCUAUAUCGGACAUUUCCUUUAACAGUACCUGCCACUGCAAGUUAGGGUAUGGCUGUUUUCUCAUCUCAUGCUUCAGUUAUUCUCCACUGGGAGACACACUGCAGCAGUUUCUAUAAAAUUCCAGGCAUCCUGCAGUGACUUAAACAAGGAUGCGCUUUACCGUCUUUUUUCAAUCUACAAAAGCGUACUGUGGCAUAUGAGAUUUAUCUUCUCCUACCUGAUUUUGUGUCUCUACCCAACUUUGGAUGCAGGUAUUUUAGUGGAAUUGUGCGAAUUGUCUGAUUUUCCUUGCUCGCAUGAAGCUUCGCGUGAAUUUUCUUGUUUUGCAUUCAAACUGUUUCUACCAUUGCCAAUCUAGUAAAACUCCUUGGACAGUCCCUGCCUUCCUCUGUCACUCCAAGGCUGCAGCUGUGACAAGUAUGGCCUAAUUUACAAAAAAGACUGUCAAUAGGGUCUUCAGGUUUCCAGGGAAUAGAUUUUUAAUGAUGUUUUCCUUUUCCAACUUGACACUGGUCAUAUCAUAAAAUACUUGUUUAAUUUCCACCCUGAGCAGGAGCAUGCUGGGGAAUACACUUAGCUUGAUGUCACUGGUGGUUUAAUAUGCUGCCAUGUGUGUGUUCUUGAAUAAGACUGAGACAACCUCACUUUCUGGUUUGUAACUGGAACAUGCAGUCUCAGAUUGUUUCCUUUGCUUCCUGUCCUAAAUGGCCAUGAGAGUGCAACACUAGUUCUGCAUAAGCUCCUGCCUGCUGUGAAAUAGCAUCUGGGUCUCACACCAGAGGGGGACCGUGGCCUCAGACAAAUGACAACAGGCUGCGGGUGUGCGCACAGAAGUGCUUAAUGUGCUUCAGUUGAUGCAGAGCCAUUUAUUAAGCUGUGGUAGCUGGAACCGGGUGGCUGAGCCCUGCGACUAAGUGGGGAAUGAAGGGCAUUGAAAGCCAUCUAUUAGGUCAUCCAACCUGCUCCUCAGAAGCCAAGUUGGGAUUAUUCCCUCCACUCCUUUCUGAUAUUGUUCUCUUGCCAUGAAUCUGUGUGUGUUCUUUCUCCUCCAGGCAUUGUUGUUUUCCUAAUCCUGUUUUAUGAUACGCUGUGAAGCAGCUCAGAGGCUGCUGAAUCACUCUGCUAUGAUGCUGUUUGACCGGCUUCCAAUUUGAAACGCUAAUAGAAAGCAUUUUGUCCCCUCUUCCCCCCACAAACAGAACAAAAAAAAAAAAUAACCACAAACGGAAGGAAUGGACAGGCUCCAGUAGUACUGAACAGACCCAAUUUAGAAUUAUUGGAGCAUUUAAUUUUUUAUAAGCCUUGAAUUUGGAAGUGCGUGGAUGUUCGAGGGCACAUGCGGUGAGAAGACAGCUGAAAAUUACUGGAGCACUCUCCUUGGGAAGCACUUGGUGCAUCGCAGCUUGAAGUGGCGUGAGGGAAAGCAAGGUGCUCAAAGAUGUGAUCUUUAAGACUGUGUGUGCUCAAAAACCCUCUGAUUUUUAUGUUUUAUUUCCUUACUGGCGGCAUUACCAGAAGCUGUCACACGCUCUGAGCUUAAUUUAAAGGAAGCAUUCCAAACUCAUAAGAGAUACAUUUAGGAUGUCAUCUCUAUCUGCUUUUUAGUCUCCUGAUGCCAAAUUGUCCCUUUCCAAACAUCUCGACGUUCCAAACCAUCACCAUAAUGCUGUGGGGAGAAAAACUGCAUUUUGCAGUUGGGAAGGUUAAGAAUGUGAAGUCAAUGCUAUAAAUAAAGUGCUAACAUGAGGCUGGGGGCUGCAGCAGCCCCUUGGGAGAAUCGCUUGCUGCCGGGAGUGGAAGGCUCUGCUUGUGUUUCCCUUCCAGCUGAUGGAGUUACUUCUUCCCACCUGCUCAUUGUCACCUGCUGGAAGUCACUUCUUCCUCUGCUCUGCGUGCUCAGUUGCUGGUGCGGCCAUUCCUCACUGCUUCAGCUACCGUCGUAAAGCUUUGCUAUCUUGACCCGUUUAUUGAAAUGCGCUGCAGUUUGGAAAGAUUUCCCCUGAGCAUGCUGGCAACCAGCAAGGAGCAGGCUGGGGGCUGUAAUGAAGAGCUACAAGGUUGCAAAAUGGCGUGUUCAGCAUAGCACUUCUAUUUUAGAGCCAAAGCUCCGUCCUAGGAGCCCUUUUGUCACCUUCAAAUGGACUCAGAACAGGAUCAAAGAUCUGGGAUAUGAUUCUGGAAAGUACUGAUGCCUCAGGGGUUUUCUUCCAUACAGACAGCCCAGAGCCAGGGUCAUGCACAGCUCUUAACUCCCAGUUUUAGAAAAGCAUUCUUUAUUCCUAUUGAUCAUUUGAUUUGGUAUCAGAGGGGGAAACCAAAAUAGUGAUAGCAUACGUAGAGCUAUGCACACCACUAUUGGGAACAGCAGCCUGCUGUCUGUCCAGCUUUGCCUGUCACUUUCAGCUAGUGAUGGAGUUUGUCCUGGAGCAGAUUAGGGAAAGCUCACACCAGCUGUUCUGGAGGCUGCCCUACAGAAAUGAUCGUCUCCAGCUAAGGGACAGCAAUGGGCUGAUGAAGAUCUAUAGCACAUCGCUGUGCAAGCCUUCAUGGAGAUUGCAGGGGUUUGUCCCACUGUGGAUGCACAUGUAUUUGCUUUGUGGAAGGAUGCAUUCUGAUAAAGUCUUUUAGUGUAGCAAGCUUCCCUUCAGUUGCACUGGCUGUUGUCCAACAUAUUUUUCCUCUGAGCAGGUUGUAAGUGUGGCCAGUGGUAUUUCCUUCCAGCUUUGCAAGCGAUAAACAUAAAAAUGAGAUUUCAAACUCUGCAAAACAACUUCUUGGCUAUAAGUUCCGUAAAUUUACCUCUUCUUUCCGAGGCACAAGGAUGUCACUAGGUAGCAAGCUGUGCUAUGCAGCUCAAGGGGUUUGCAUCUCUCUCCUUCCCUCUCCCUCUCCCCAUAGUCCUAUGAUUCCAGAAGCUAUGAUUUUUUUUGUGAUUUCUUUUUUUUUGUGAAGAGAAGGAAAAGAGUCACUUACUCAAGGAGAAUCUUUUCUUUCAUUAGACUGAGCCCACUCAUUUCUUCAGGUUCUCAUGCUAGAGUUGUCCAUGGAAGACGUGGUUUUCCUGAGCAGUGACCUACAUGCAAGAUUUAUUCAGAAAAUGAAAUGCGAGUGAGUGAUGGAAAGGAAGGGUGCAGUGAUGGGAAGAGGAGGAGGAGGAGGUUGUGCUCCUGGUGAUGCUCCACCACCCAUGGUGGCCACUACCUUGGCUUCCCUUGGGGCAGAAGAACCAGCCGAGGUGUAUCAAAGACAGAGGUAAUUAAUGGGUAGUUUUAGCCAGGACCACUUGCAGAAGAACAACCCCUUUUUUUGUGAGUUGGAUUUCUUUUCGUAGUCUAGGAUAUGUUUUCUAGCAAUAGUAACUUAAACCUGUGAGGUCAGCUUCAUGGCGAAUACCACAGCUGCUGAAUUUUGGAUGGUACCAGCCUCUGCGUUUUGUUAGCACAUUUGUUAUUGUGAUAUGAACAGCAGAGUUUAAGAAACAUUUCUGAUUCCAGAUGGUUCUCCCCUAGUCCUUGAUGUCAAUGUGUGCGUUAAACCUGUCAUGUAGAAGGAGGUGCUGCAAGGCCUUUGGGUUUCCUGAGCAAUUUGGAAAAAAAAGCAAAAUCCCCAGCAAAGCUGCUGAAGUACGGGCUGCAGCACUGCUCCCCUUGGGGCUGCCUGUGGGCUCCGAGAGGCAGGGCCCUCACUCACCUUUCCAGGAAGACAAAAAUGGGGAGCACUCAAACAUUGUGCCUUGAGUAGGGUUUGUGCCAUGUUACAGAAACAGCAAGAAGAAAAUCAUUGCUUUGCUCAAAACCCCUCCUUCCUUGCCAAUCUCAAGUGUUUAGCAAUGAAGCAAACAAGUUGUCUCUUAGUGAGCUCUGGGUCAAGCUGCUGCUGCAUCUCCUCAAGGCCUUUCCAUGCUGUGUUUUACCAGAAGAGCAGUGUGAAUCAGUGUCUGUAGACCAGAACCCAGCAGUACAGCAACUGGCAGCCAAGCUGAUGACAUGACAAGCAAGCAAAUAUCACCUGUUAGAUUACUUUGUCUCUUUCCCUGUGUGGUUUGGCCUGUUUGGCCUGUACAUUCUUUAUGGUUGGGCUGCUCUUUCAGCCUCCCACUUUUGCUGGAGGCUCUGGAGCCCUGGCCUCACCCUACCAGUUCAUCUGUGAGUCCUUCUCUUGCGAGGAAGAGGGGGAAAACCACUCUGGGAUGGGCAUUUCUUCCUGCCUGCUUCUUCUGACUGCGGUUUCUUUUGCUACACACUGGGCAUCAGGCAGCCUGAGCAACGCUUACAUUUUGCCCUUUGCUGUCUGCUGAUUGUGGCCUUUCUUUUGGAACUAAUGUCACAGUUUUUCUUCUUCCCCAUCCUGCCCCCCGAGGCUGUUCUGAGCACCUGCACUCUCUUGCAUGAAAUAAAUAAAUGGCCCUGCCUGUUUGCUGGCAGAUGGUCCAUCCAUCUUCUGCCAUAACACUGGAGCUGUGAAGAAUCCCCCUGAGCUCAUGGUGCCAGCAGAGUCCUUUACAUCCCUGCUGGAGCAGCUCUCUGGCCCUUCCUUGCACACCCUUUGUAUGCGCUGGCUGAAACCAAAGGACUUGUGCUUUGUUCCUCAUGGUGCUCCUCAAGCUGCUGUAAUGUAAGCUCCGAGUUCCCUCUUCUGUUUGAGCUGAAAACUAUUAAAAGCCACCGAGUGCUUCAGAACUAGCUGGUUUUGUACAGUAAAGUCAGUAAAGUCCUUUUUUUUUUUUUUUUCAGUAUCUUGCUGUAAUUGCAUCCACUGCUUGCAGCUAUGGUGUGAAACACUGCUUCAGCCUUCUCCUGUCACCUCUCACUUUUCUGGAGGAGGCUGGGCUUUUACCUUUUCCAUAAAAUCCUUAUUUUCAGUUAGUUUAGUCCUGGUGCCAUUCAUUUUCCAGCAUCCCCUGAAGCCCUUUUGGGAAGCAUUGGCAGAAGUUGCCCAGAGAGGUGGUGGAUGCCCAUCCCUGGAGACACUCAAGGCCAGGCUGCUCAAGGCUGUGAGCAACCUGAUGAGCUGUAGGUGUCCCUGUUCUUUGCAGGGGGGUUCGACCAGAUGGCCUUUAAAGAUCCCUUCCAACACGUAUGAUUGUAAGCCAGGAAUCCCAGAUGCUUUCUUUGGAUUUUUGCUCCUGUCUGCUCGGCAUCUCUUGCUGGUGUCAUUAACACAGCUCCCAGUGCCCACCCAUGGGCUUACUGGACUGAGAGGAGUAGAGAAUUCCUCCCAGUGGCAACUAGACCAAGUCUCUCACUUCUGAAAGUUUGGAGUGUACAGGAGGCCUUUCUUUACUCCUGCCUUUUGCUGGCUCUGUGUUUCCUUGCUGGCACUCAUCCUCUCAGCUCCUAGUUGGAUCUCCUAGCAGUGACAGUUCACUCUAAGGGAACUUCUGCCUUCAAAAUAGAGUUUGACUAGUCUCAUGGUGUUACUCUUGGUGACACCCAUCAUGGGGUUCAUCUUGCCUAUUCAGUCUCCACUUAUAGAAUCAUUUGAGUUGGAGGGGAUCUUUAAAGAUUAUCUAGUCCAGCUCCCCUGCAAUGAACAGAGACAUCUACAGCUGGAUCAGGUUGCUCAGAGCUCCACUGCUGUUCCAGGUUUCUGCCGUGGUUUCUCCUCCUUUCUCUCUCACCAGUUUUGCUUUCCUCAUCACAGCUUCCCAUUAGCAGUGCAAUGUCUGGAGGCCGAGUGCCCUUCACACCACGUAUCUGCAGGCAGAGUAAACUCAGCAAAUCAUUAGGGUGGAUUUUGACUGCUCCUGUCUUCAUCAAAGACUGAGAUCUAAUGAGGACCCUUUGAUAAACAGAGCUGAUGGGCCAAUUUGGCUUGCACGUGUAGUAUUAUGGGCCUCGUGGGGCUUAUCAUUGAAAGACAUAAGAGAAUGCAAUUACUUAGAGAGCUACCAGGAGAUUUCUGUAAGUCACUAGUCCCUGCUUUGUCAGAACAAAGAGGACCCUAGUGGCAGGGUGGCAGGAGGCAGCGAGCAGCCUCUCCUUGCUGUGGGAGGCAGAUAGUGUCCUGCAGGUUUGGACACGUGCAAUAGCACUGAGGGCAGGGUGCUACUGCAGCCCCUCGGUCCCUGAGGUGUUUGCUCCAGAAGUGAAACCACGUUCCCUUUUCACCCAGGAGGCUGCUUUAUCUCUUUCUACAGUUUUUUGUGUUUUUAAUUCUACCCAUAAACUAUGGUUGUCUUUGACUGCGGCAAGAUAGAUUUCAGAGUUCCUUUGGCAGAGCCUAAUCAAACCCUGACCUGCAUAGGGAGCUCAGCACAAUCUGCCUGCUCCCUGCUUCAAACCCUCAGGCCUGGGGCUGGAUCCUGACCCAGCAGGAAGAGCUCUGUUAGCUUAGGCUCUGAAUCAAGCCCUGAAGAUGAGAAAUGCCUGGCUGGACACAAAUACAAUUCUCCCUGUUUUCUUUUUUCUUUCAGGUUACUGAGUCAGAGCUGGAUGGCAUAUGUAAUUAUAGCAGAUCUAUUCUUUUGUCUUUCUCUCUUUUUUUUUUUUAAAGGAACAUUCAUGCUGCAUUUUAAUCACAACAUUUAGAAUACAUCCAAAUAGCUUGAGCUCAAAUAGAUCUUGUUUUCCGGCCAGAAAGCUUGUUUUUCAUCUAUUAUAAUAAUAAAUGUGCUAUUGAUAACAGUUUAGAUGCAAUUCAGCACAGCUUUGUGCUGUGCAUCAGCUCUGGAGGGCCAAUAUUUUCUUAUUAUCCAUUAUUGAUAUGACACGAUGCAAAUAUUUAACAAACAAAUGAUUGGGUUUUUCCUCGUGCCCCUCUUAGUUAGCAGUCUCAUUCUUUUUGACAGCUGAAGUCAGGAUUAACGAUGAUCUUGUUUAAGACAAUUGUUGGCUGGCAGGUUUAUUCUCUGAACCUACAAGUGCAGUCAGAGAACCAGCGCUGGGACUUUCAAUUAAAUCUCAUCCUUGAAGCAAAUUUUUUUGGCUUUAUUCUAUCCAAUUCUCCUAAGCAGAAAUCGGAUUUGCCUGCUAAAGUGCUUAGACCUGUUUUUCAUUUCUUCAUUUAUGUAGUCAUUUUAAAUAUAGAAGCUUAACAUGAAGUGCUGGCAAAAGGAGCUGGCUUUCCCUCCCAGCCCAGAGCUUGCUGGGUCUGUUCAGCCUGUAAGCGCUUUAAUAGACAGGUCCUCUGAGCUCAAGCUCGGAGCAAGGAGGCCACCUCGAGACUUUGCAGAAGGGAGAGAUCCAGAAGGAUGCGCUGGGUUUGGUCCUCACAUCUGGAGGAUGUUGCACCCCGUGGGAAAGCCUGGUGUGAACGCCAGGGCUCACGUGAGUUUUGGGUAACGGCUGGGGAAGCUCCCACCGAGACAGGGGCAUCUUCCAGGGGAAAACAGAGACUCACAGGAAGCACGUGCUGGGCGCUGGGCCACGUACUGGGCACCGGGCCAGCUCUGCCCUGCGAUUUCUGACCAUGAGCUGUGCAUGCACAAUGCAGGAAUUCACUGGAACGUGAGCCAGGCUUCGGAGAUGAGGAGUGAGUUUGUUCUCCAGUAAAAUCGCCUCUUGUUAGCAGAAAAUCUGUGCAUCAGAUUCCGCAGAGGAAUAGCGGUUGAAAAGCACAGAUGAUUAAAAGAUAACACAUUGGAGGGUUUUUCCUUU